AUGUUGCGAACGAUCAUUGUGCGAAAUCAAGUAUUAAGCGACAGCUUAAAAAAAGCUGUUCGUGUUAAUGUUACGAGAUGCAUCAGCUCGGAAUUGGCAAGAAGGAAAAAUUGCAAUAAGUUAUUUAAGUUGGAGUCCAAGAGAGAGAUAUUAUUAACACCACAAUGGAAACCCCAAAUCCGUUAUUAUUCAGAUCUGCCAAGCCACAUCAAAGUAAACCUCCCUGCACUAUCCCCAACUAUGGAAAGUGGAUCUAUUGUGCGAUGGGAAAAGAAAGAAGGAGAUAAACUUAGUGAAGGUGAUCUGCUAUGUGAGAUUGAGACGGAUAAAGCAACUAUGGGCUUUGAAACACCUGAAGAAGGUUACUUAGCAAAAAUCCUCAUUCCUGAAGGCACGAAGGGUGUCCCAGUAGGAAAACUCCUUUGUAUCAUAGUGGAAAGUCAAGCUGAGGUUGCUGCAUUUAAAGACUUCAAAGAUGAUUCUAGUGGAGCUCCAGUAAAACCAACACCCCCAAAAGCACAAACUGACUCAUCGGCACCUGCUGCGGCUGCUCCACCACCUUCCGCCCCCGCAGCACCCGCCCCCACCCCUGCAGCAGCUCCCACACCUGCCCCUGUGGCCCCCGCAGCUGAAGGCAGAACCUAUGCGAGCCCUAUGGCACGCAGGCUCGCUGAGUUAAGGAAUAUACGACUUGGUGGCCAGGGCUCUGGAUUGUAUGGGUCACUAAAGAGUGGUGACCUCGCAGGGGCCGCUGCAGCCCCAGCACCGUCUACGGCAGCUCCAGCAGUUGCACCAGCUCCAGGGGCCACCUUUGUCGAUAUUCCUUUGUCUGGAAUGCGUGAAACAAUCGCCAAGCGCUUAUCAGCUGCUAAGCAGACUAUACCUCACUAUCAGCUGAGCGCUACCGUUAACAUUGAGAAGACUUUGAAAAUGAGAAAGUUUAUCAAUGAGCGUUUGGAGAAGGAGAAACAAGAUGCUAAGAUUUCCGUUAACGAUUUUAUUAUAAAAGCAGUAGCAUCUGCCUGCAAGCGGGUACCAACUGUCAACUCGCAUUGGAUGGAGACCUCUAUCAGACAGUUCUCUAAUGUAGAUGUAAGUGUAGCAGUAGCAACACCAACUGGCCUUAUAACCCCAAUAAUAUUUAAUGCUGACUCCCGUGGGAUUAUUGAUAUCUCAAAGAAUAUUAAAGAGCUUGCUCAGAAGGCAAAGGAUGGCAAGUUGCAGCCACAAGAAUAUCAAGGGGGCACUGUAACGGUAUCAAAUUUGGGAAUGUAUGGUAUAACAAUGUUCAAUGCCAUCAUCAAUCCUCCUCAAUCAUUAAUACUGGCGUGUGGAGGCUUACAGGAUUUGGUUAUCCCUGAUCCAAAUGAACCACAAGGAUUCCGGGUUGCAAAAUUCGUGACUUUCACUGCCUCUGCUGACCAUAGAGUAAUUGAUGGAGCGGUUGGUGCCCAAUGGAUGAAGGUUCUGAAGGACAAUCUUGAAGAUCCAGCCAAUAUGAUCCUU